AUGACUCAACGUGACGUUUACAUUGCUUCUGCUGUUCGUACUCCUAUUGGUGGCUUCAACGGUUCUUUAGCUUCAUUGGCUGCUACUAAGCUCGGCUCUAUUGCUAUUGAAGCUGCUCUCAAAAAGGCCAACUUACCUGCCGAUGCAGUUGAAGAAGUCAUUUUUGGUUGCGUUUUGUCUGCUGGUCUCGGUCAAAACCCUGCUCGUCAAGCUGCUCUUGGAGCUGGUCUUAAGGAUACCACUAUCUCCACUACUGUCAACAAGGUCUGCGCCUCAGGCAUGAAAGCUGUCAUCUUGGCUGCACAAACUAUUAUGCUUGGAAAUGCUGACGUCGUAGUUGCUGGUGGUAUGGAAUCCAUGUCUAACACUCCCUACUACUUACCCAAGCAGCGCUUUGGUUCCACAUACGGUAACACUGAAGUUGUUGACGGCAUUGUCAAGGAUGGUCUUACCGAUGUCUACAAUGACUACCUGAUGGGUGUUGCUGCUGAAGAAUGUGCUGCUGAAUACCAAGUUACCCGUGAACAACAAGAUGACUACGCCAUCGAAUCUUACAAGCGUGCUCAAGCCGCCUUUGCUGCUGGCCACUACAAGGAAGAAAUUGUUCCUGUCACUGUUUCUGGUGGUCGUGGUAAGCCUGACCGUGUUAUUGAGAUGGAUGAUGAAGUCUCCAAGUUGAACGAAGAAAAGCUUCGUGCUGUUCGUCCUGCUUUCCAACCCAAGAACGGCACUGUUACUGCACCAAACUCCUCUCCUUUAUCUGAUGGUGCUUCUGCUCUUGUUCUUGUCUCUGCUGAGGCUGCUAAGAAAUACAAUUUGACCUUAAUUGCCAAGAUUCGUGGUUGGGGUGAAGCUGAACAAGCUCCUGCUCGUUUCACUACUUCUCCUGCUUACGCUAUUCCCAAGGCUAUCAAGCACGCUGGAUUAACUCCUGAAGAUAUCUCUUACUAUGAAAUCAAUGAAGCCUUUUCUGUUGUCGCCUGUGCCAACAAGAAGAUCUUGAACCUUCCCUCUGAGAAAGUGAAUAUUUGGGGCGGUGCUGUUGCCAUGGGUCAUCCCUUGGGCUGUUCUGGUGCUCGUAUUAUCACAACACUCACUUCAGUAUUAAAGAACAAGGAAGCCAAAUUCGGCGCUGCAGGUGUCUGUAAUGGUGGUGGCGGUGCCUCUGCUGUUGUCAUUGAACUUGUUUAA